AUGGGUCAAGUGUGCCUCCUCGACUCGGACCGACUGUCUGCGCUUUUACGAGAGGCGCUGUCCUGGAACGAGAAUGUCUCGUCGCUCAUGGUGUCUGCAACGAACGGAUCGAUCCUCGCCUACGCGUACAGAGGUGCGACGCCGUCAAUCAAGGCUAUGCGCACCCAGUCCACGACCAUGACGGCCGCAUAUACUGUUGCGUCCGAGGACAGUCUUGUCUUCGAAGCGCAGAAUACCGGAGCCAUUUCUGUUAUCACACCGAUUGGGGACCAUGUAUUGCUGGCUGUGACGGGGCCGGAACCCAAGCAGAGAAUUUCGAAUUCAAUGCCUAAUGGGCAUCCUGAAGAAGAGGGAGACACUGCACAGCAACGUGUCGUAAACGGGAGAAAUGGCAGCAGUAUUGGAGAUGAUCGUCGGCGGGAAGAAGAAGAGCAGGAGGAGCAGGAGGAGGAGCGCAACGGUCACCACUAUGAGGAGGAAGGCGAAGACGAUCAUCAGAGGCAAAUACGAACGGAUCUUGAAGUCGUCGGCCAGGAGCUUGCUAGUGUGUUGAGGGACGAACUGGCGGCGAUGAAGUGGCCGGACGAUAUUUGA